AUGUCAUCCUUACAGCCUGCGACAGCAGAUAUCGGCUACAUCACCGAUCCGGGCCCGUUGGAGAAUACCUACACGUCGGAUCCCAGCCUUCAACGAACACUGGCAUGGUACCUACCAUCUGCCACAUUAGAAUCUGUGCAACCACAUCUCACCCAACUCGGUGCCGAGGCUAUCUCCGAGCAGGUUCGUGAAUGGAGCGCCGAUGCUGAACGGAAUGUCCCAUAUGUGAAGAGCCACAAUGUUUGGGGUAAGCGAUAUGAUUAUGAUCGAUUGGUGACCACUGAAGGUUGGAAGCAAUUGGGAAAAUGGGGUGCUCGGAAUAGGAUCGUUUCGGCGGGCUAUGACCAGCGCCUGGGAGUUGAUCGGAGAACAGUUCAGUACGCGCUAACUUAUUUGUACUCUCCUUCUUCGGGACUCUACUCCUGUCCGAUUAGCAUGACCGACGGUGCUGCUUUUAUUCUCUCAUCAAGAAUAAAAAAACUGCCAUCCACGCAUCCUUUCCAUGCUGCGUUCCAGGGGCUGAUCUCCGAAAAGGAUGAUCAUUGGACCUCGGGCCAGUGGAUGACUGAGAGAGCUGGUGGUAGUGACGUCCAAAACACCGAAACGUGGGCUACAUACUCGCCGCUAGCUACCUCUGGCUCCGACCCGCUGGGUGAGGGAGACUACCUUAUCAGCGGAUUCAAGUUCUUCUCCUCGGCAACAGAUGCAAACGUUGCGCUUUUGCUCGCGAAAACACCAUCCGGAAAGCUAAGCACGUUCCUCGCGCCAUUGCGACGGACCGUUGUGGGCGCCGACGGCGUCUCUAAAGUUGUCUCUAAUGGUGUUAGGAUCCACCGGUUGAAGAACAAACUUGGUACCAAAGAAUUGCCGACAGCCGAAUUGGAACUGAAGGACAUGCGUGCGCAUCUCCUCGGGGAACUAGACCAGGGUAUCCUCACAAUCGCGCCUCUUCUCAAUGUGACUCGACUUCAUACCUUCAUUGGAUCACUUGCUGGCUGGCGUCGAGCUAUCAGCAUCACGAAGAGCUUUGCUAAAGCCAGAACUACAGUUGGCGAGCCGCUCUGGCUGAUCCCAAUGCAUUUGCGACUCCUUGCGGACUUGGAAGUAAAGCAUCGGGGUGGAAUGAAUCUUGCAUGGUUCACAGUUGCUUUGUUUGGGAUGGUUGAGGAUCAAACACCGGCAUCCGAUAAGCUCGGACAUCUACCUAAACCUGGCAAGGAAGCCGAGGUGGUUUUCCGUACCUUGACUGCCACUGCCAAGGCAGUCAUCAGUAAGAUGGCCACCACGGGAAUUCAAGAAUGUCAGGAAUCUAUGGGUGGAGUUGGGUAUAUGGAUGAGGCUGACGAGCCCGAGUUCAACAUCUCUCGGAUUAUGCGUAAUAACGCAGUCAAUUCUAUCUGGGAGGGUACGACCAAUGUGCUUGCCAGCGAGUUCGUCCGCUUCCUUAUCAAGAAGGACAAUCUGAAGAUAUUUGGAGCAUGGCUUGACCGUACCCUGAAUUUGGUUCAGAGUGCAGAUCUGCGGAAUGCCCUGACAUCUGCGUGGUUGGCUUUGCGUGCUCGUUUCACCACCCAGGACCCCGCUUCGACUGUUGCUGAUGGGCGUCGCUUUAUGUUUACCCUGGCUUGGAUUUUAUCCGGUGCUCUUCUGGCACUUGAUGCUGAACGUGAUAGCGACCCUGUGACGACAGAGAUCGCUCGUCGCUGGAUCCUGAGUGCUGAAGGUGGUGUGGGUGACCAAGUUUUCCAUGACAUUGUUACAGUUAGGGGCACUGCUAGCGCUACCUCUGGAGGCGAGGAACAUCUGCAAUGGGACUGCCGCAUUGCAUGGGGAGUCGACCUGCCUGCAAUCCGCGCAUCUGGUCACCGGUCCUUGCAGAAGGCGAGCUCGAGGCUCUGA